GGCCGCUGCUCUGGAGAGACGCGGGACAGACAGACCGACUGACCGACACGCGCCUGGGCUGGGCAUGGGCAUGCGCACGGGAGAGUGACUGUUUCCGUCUUUGCAGAGGUGCUCUGAAGCUCAGACAGCUGACCCUCGACGGGGCGGGGGGGACACAGUCCCCAAGAAAGGUGUGAGACAGCGAUGGCCCUCCCCUUCCAGAAAGAGCUGGAGAAAUAUAAGAACCUCGACGAGGACGAGCUCCUUGGCAAGCUCUCUGCGGAGGAGCUGAAGCAGCUGGAAAAUGUUCUCGAUGACCUAGAUCCUGAGAGCGCCACACUGCCUGCUGGGCUCCGGCAGAAAGACCAGACGCAGAAGGCAGCCACCGGUCCCUUCGACCGCGAGCACCUCCUCUCGUACCUGGAGAAGGAGGCUCUGGAGCAGAAGGACAGGGAGGACUUUGUGCCCUUCACCGGAGAGAAGAAAGGGAGAGUCUUCAUCCCCAAGGAAAAGCCUGUGGAAACUCGACAAGAAGAAAAGGUGACCCUGGACCCAGAGCUGGAGGAAGCCUUGGCCAGCGCCUCGGACACAGAGCUCUACGACUUGGCAGCCGUCCUCGGAGUGCACAAUUUGCUCAACAACCCCAAGUUUGAUGAAGAAACGGCCAACGGCAAAGGUGGCAAGGGGCCUGUGCGCAAUGUGGUGAAAGGCGAGAAGGUCAAGCCGGUAUUUGAAGACCCUCCCAACCCCACCAACGUGGAGGCCAGCCUGCAGCAGAUGCAGGCCAACGACCCCAGCCUGCAGGAGGUGAACCUCAACAACAUCAAGAACAUCCCCAUCCCGACCCUGAAGGACUUCGCCAAGGCGCUGGAGAGCAACACGCACGUGAAGAAGUUCAGCCUGGCCGCCACCCGCAGCAACGACCCCGUGGCCAUCCGGCAGCAGCUGGGAACAGCUGUGGAGAUGGAGAUUGCGCAGAUGCUGGAGGAGAACUCGAGGAUCCUCAAGUUCGGAUACCAGUUCACCAAGCAGGGGCCGCGCACCAGGGUGGCAGCUGCCAUCACCAAGAAUAACGACCUGGUUCGUAAGAAGAGGGUUGAAGGAGAUCGGAGGUGAAUGUCCACUGGAAGAGGUGAAAUUUCGCCACAGAGCCAUUUAGAAAUUGCUCCCAACCCCUCUCCUUCUCCGAGGGACCAUUUUAUCAGAGGCUGUUCAUUUCCGUUAACCACACAACUAAUGAUUUUAUUGCUGGUUUUUGCAGUACUUAUUUGGGAUUCUUCAAUGUGUACAAUUGUUUUCCUUGCCCCUGGGCUUCUCCAGCAACUUGCCCAGAGGGACUAAUGCAGAUGUUAGCGUGACAACCAUGGCCCUGACCGUGAUUUUAACCACUUUCAUAUUGGGUCACCCUCACUUUCUUACAUGAACUUUUUUUAAUCACUAAAGGCAUUUAGUUGGUUGUCUGUGUUUUAACUAGUUACAGUGGAGGCCUACCUCUGUUUACAUGCAUAGCUUCGAGUUAGGCUAAGUAUACCCAAAGUGUUCUGCUCAUCAUGUGAGAAGUUAGCAUUGCCAAUAUUUCACUGGGUGAGAAAAUGUGACCCAUUCAGCACAAAUCCGCUGUCUAGUUGUA